UUCUACAAUAUGACUCCUGAGAAGAGGAUAGACGGAGACAACAGAUCGGUCUAUGUGGGAAAUGUAGACUACGGAGCUACUGCAGAUGAGUUGGAGAUCCAUUUCAACGGCUGCGGUCCUGUUAAAGUUAUAAUUCUGUGUGACAGAUUCUCUGGUCAUCCCAGCGGCUUUGCUUACAUUGAGUUCUCUGAUCGAGACUCUGUGCAUUGUGCCAUUGGUUUGCAUGAGACCUUAUUCAGAGGAAGAGUCCUUAAGGUAAUGCCCAAAAGGACCAACAUGCCACGCAUCAGCACCACAGACAGGGGAGGACACCGAGGCGGCCACUCCAGAGGCAGAGGACGUGGUUACUGCCCUCCCCGAUAUCACAACAGCUCCAGAGGCAGAUUUCGGUGCCAGUCAACGAGGCCACAACAUGAGACGCCCCACCCGUACUACGGAGGACCCUCUGUGGAGAAGAGACAGUGGGGACACAUGGACUACCACGAACAGAUGCCUAAACGUUACCCGUGUCUUCUUCUCAUCACACCACCACCAGAGGAGUUGGAUGCGGGGUCAAGCGGACAGCACUACAGCAUACAUACCGAGUGGAGGGGGUAG